CUCACUCCGAGCGAAGGACUGCAGGAGGAACCUCUCAUCCCUCUCAAGGAUUUACAAUCAGGAAACAAUUCUUAUGAAGUGGAUUAGGAGAGACAUCUGGAACCCCAGAGACGCGUGGGAGGGGAGCGGCCUUGAAUGAAUGAAUAAGUGCCCAAGGAGGACUGGAUAAAAGUUUCCAGAAGUUAUUUUUCCUCAGCAGAUCAUCCUCGUGAGGAAUCCUGGGUUAAUGUUUGACUCACUGCAGGUGUGAGCUUCAUUUCCGUGCUCGGCCGAGAAAAACUUGGAGCAGACCUGAUGACACGGAUCUCCGGUUUCACUCCAAUUUCUGCAGCACCUGCUCAUCACUGAAAUUGCUUUCCAUCCAGCAAGUUUACAACUUCAAAGCCUCGUGCAAUCUUGCAUUGGGGCAUUGUUUGUCUAUAUCCAAAACACAUUUAAAAAGCUUGCAAUUAUGCUCUCACUCUCAUUAUCUCUGCUUCUCCUGCUGCACAGCUGAGAGGUGAGGGAGAAGUGGAUGAGAGGAGAUUAGAGAAGGUAGAAGAGGGAGGGAGGGAGAGAUAAACAGAGGCAGUUUAAGGCUGUAAACACAUCCUGUCCAGAGACGGCUGCCUUCUAAACACAUCAGGCAUACAUCAAGGUUGUAUUUGUCUGUGGUGACUCUGAAGCAGUCGGGGGACAAACAGGAGCGAGCAGAAGGCGCUGUGGUGGUCAGAGAGGACCCGAGGAGCGAAGGGGGGAAACUUUGAGAAGUUUGACUACAGUCAUGGUCUCGGUCGUCUCCUACAGCCUCUCCUGCCUUUGCACUAAGAUGGCACGGCCGCACACGAGGAGCACCGGUUCUACGUCCGCCCUCCACCACAGGACACUGCUCCUCCUGCCCCUGCUGCUCCUGCUGUCUCUGUGGAGCCAGCAGGCCGAGGCUGUGGUCCACUCCAGCUUCCGGCGACUCAGUGGACGAGAGAAGAAGGAGAUGCAGAAGGAGAUCCUGACCAUCCUGGGUCUGCCGGGGAGGCCCAGACCCCACCCUCCGUUGCGACCGCCGUCCUCUGCGCCGCUCUUCAUGCUGGACCUGUACCACGCCAUGUCGGCCGAUGAGGACGAGGGCUACGAGAUUAUCGCAAGUGCACCUAGCAAGGGGUCGUUUAAAGGGGCAGCUCAGGUCAGCCGCCCCGCCCUGCCGACCCUCAGCACGCACACGCCGCCGCUGGGGACGGUGGUCAGCGAGGCCGACACGGUGAUGAGCUUCGUCAACCUUGUGGAGCAGGAGCGUGACCUCCUGCAGCCUCGUCCCUACUGGAAGGAGUUUCGUUUCGACCUGACCCCCCUCCCUAAGGGUGAGACGGUGACCGCGGCAGAGUUUCGUAUCUAUAAGACGCUGACGGUGGGUCAGAGGGCAAAUCGAACUCUGCACAUCUCCGUCUACGAGAUCAAACGAGAGAACAGAAACAGAGAGCCGGAGCUGGUGCUGCUGGACAUGCAGUCGGUGCCUGCGGGGCAGGAGGGCUGGCUGGCUUUUGACGUCACCUCGGCCUCCAACCACUGGCUCGUCCACCCUCGCAGCAACCUGGGCAUACGUCUGUACGUGGAGACGGAAGAAGACCGCUCCCUGUCUGCAGCCUGGAUCGGGCUGGUGGGUCGGAGGGGGCCUCGCUCCAAACAGCCUUUUAUGGUGACCUUCUUCAGGGAGAACCAGAUCCCGUGUCGGCCGCCGCGAGCCGCCAAACCUCAUCCCCGCAAAAGGAAACCCAAAUACGACCUCCCAGUCCCCAACUUCAAAGAACGCAGCUCUGAGAACAGAGGUCAGCCCUGUAAGAAACACGAGCUCUACGUCAGCUUCAGCGAUCUCGGGUGGAAGGACUGGGUUCUGGCUCCGACUGGAUACUCGGCAUACUACUGUGAUGGAGAGUGUUUUUAUCCUCUGGGCGCCUGCAUGAACGCCACCAACCACGCCCUCAUCCAGCAAGUGGUCCACAUCCUGAAGCCUGACGAGGUCCCCAAAGCGUGCUGCGCCCCCACAAAGCUCAGCCCCAUCUCCGUCCUGUUCUACGACGACAACAACAACGUCAUCCUCAAAAAGCAUCGCAACAUGGUGGUGAAGACGUGCGGGUGUCUAUGAGAGUGGAAGAAGAGUCCAAACAACAAAAGGAUGAUUUAUUUUUCCAGACUCUGCAGAAGCAUGAACUGGUGGAUGAUGAAGGCACCGCAAAUCUGAUCCAGCAGGUCUGAAGAGUUCACAGAUUCCCCCAUUUUCAGAUUCUCUGGCUUCAUAACGAUGUUCUAAACGUGCUGAAAAUAAUCCAUCCACGGCUCACUGUUACAUAAACAGCAUAAAUGUACUCCAACAUCCAACAUCAUUUAGCUUCUACAGUUAUGAGCAAAUGUUUGGGCAUUUUUCUUAUAACCUACCAAACACAGACUUUAGUUUAUUACAGAAAGGAUUUAUGUCUCAAAGGCAAAUGAUAUUGGAUGGUAGAAGCCAUCACUGAUGCCCUAUUAUUAUUAUUAUUAUUUUGUUAUGAGAAAUGAACUGACAGCACUA